AUGUCUUCUUCUUCAAGGAUGUUGUGGGAAAUCAAUCUGCAAGAGGAAAAAUUGUUUAACCAAUCAGAAGGAAUGCUCAAUCUCCAGGUAGCCCAAAAUGAGAUGGAAGAGGAUGAGGAACGUAGAAGGAAAGAUGACGAAAGUGAGUCUACAUAUGGGAAGGUGCUCGAACCCUCUCUCAUUUUCUUCCGUUUCUUUUCCCUUUCGCCUGCUCCCUAUUUCUCUCUGCUUUUCUCCAUGUUCGAUCUUCGUGUUUCCUUGCUUAACUCUCUUCGAUUUUCUUCCGUCGCUUUUUCCUUUCUCUUCCUCUCUGUUUCCGUGCUUUUCUCCCUACGUCAAUCCUUCGUGUUUCCCUGCUUCUCUCUCUGCGUCGAUCGUGUGUCGUAUGAAGAGUUUCUUUUCCGGGUGAUUGCACUGUUUCAGUGGUUAAAGAAGAGUAGAAGAAACGUUCUGUUUAUUCCUCCAGAAAAGAUUAAGAAAGUUGGUGGUCACAAAUCAACUGACUCAACUUUAUAUCAACAUUGGAGCAUGCCUUACAAGUUUACGCAGCUAUGCAGAGGGUUACGUAGUGGAACUUGGAUUUCAAAGAUCACAGUGAACAGGGUGAUAGGUGUAUUUCCUCAUUUUUUACCAUUUUAGAACUUAUAUUAGUGAUAAAUUAAUUCGAAUCAUGUGGCAUGAACUUAAAGCUCUGUUUGGGAAAGUGGGCUCUUUACCCCAAAGAUGCUUGCUUUUGGUAAUAUUUGGAAUUGUGCUUCUAAGCUGUUUUUCAAGCUUUUGGCCAUACAAAAUGGAGCUAAGUCGAACAGCUCUUCAGUUGCAUUGUAGUUGCUUUCCUAAAUUGAUUGUUCAUUUGUUGAAAAAAUUUUAAGGGCGAAAAUUAUGUUUCAAAUUGGAUUUAGAUAUGAGUAUUACACAUUCAAGGUGUUGAAUUCAUCUUUGUUUUGGUGUUUGUGGUUUUGAAUGUGAUUUAGUGCAGUAUAGCUUUAACUUAAAUGUGGUUCUGUAU